AUGUUCUUCAAGGCUGUCGUUGCUGCUCUCAUCCCACUGGCCCUUGCGACCAAAGGCAAGGGUCCCGACAAGGAUGGCAAAUACUGGAUCAAGGGAGAUGGCAUCCAAGCCGCUUUCAUUCCCUAUGGCGCCUCCAUCACCAAUCUUCUGAUCGACGACCAGUACGGUAUCACCCGAGAUAUCGUCGCUGGCUUCGACAAUGCUACGCACUAUAGCAUUGACGAGUCUCACCCCCAUCUUGGAGGAAUUCCCGGAAGAUACGCCAACCGUAUUCGCAACAGCACGUUCGAGAUUGACGGCAAGAAGUAUCACGUCACGCCUAACGACAACCCUACGCCCGAUUCUCCCAAGGGCGCUGAUACUCUCCACGGCGGACCCGAUGGCUGGGACUGGCGCAACUUUACCGUUGUCUCCUACACCGACUCCAGCAUCACCUUCUCCAUCGUUGACCCUGAUGGCAAGGAAGGUUUCCCUGGAGAGGUUGUCUCCUACGUCACCUACACCCUGACCGGCAUGGACUGGGAUUUCAAGAUUAUUGCUCUUGCAACCACCAAGAAGACCCCCAUCAUGCUUACCAGCCAUACCUACUGGAACCUCGACGGCUUCUCUAACAACGAGACAAACACCAUUUCCAACCAUUCUAUGUAUAUGCCCUACGGUGGCCAGCGUGUUGCGACCGAUAACAUUCUUAUCCCCACUGGCGAUAUCAUUCCCAACAAGAAAGGAUCUGUGAAUGAUUUCUGGAGCAAGCCCAAGAUGAUUGGUGACCAAGCCAACAACAAGGAUUUGGAGAACAACUGCGGUUUCAACUGCACAGGAUAUGACACCUGCUACAGCGUCAACCGCGGCCAGCUCGGCAACUUUGACUGGCGAACUGAGGGCCCCGUGGCCACUAUCGCUUCCGCCUGGUCUGGCAUCCAGCUCGACAUCUACACUGAUCAGGACGCCUUCCAAUUCUACAGCUGCACUCAGCAGAAGGGUACCAUGCCUCUCAAGAAGACCCAGGGUCUCAAGGAUAACAAGGACUUCCCCCGAAUUAUCCCUAAGUACGGAUGCAUGGUUGUUGAGGUUCAGGACUACAUUGACGGUAUCAACAAUCCUGAGUGGCAGAGGCUUGAGAAGCAGCUCUAUGAGCCUGGUGGCAACCCUUAUGUUCUUCAGGCUAAGUACCGCUUCAGCCUCAAGGGCAAGGAGUAG